AUGACCUAUAAAUGUCUAGACCAGACCAACCAGGGGCUCAAAUAUGCCUCAGAGAGAGUUCACUGGACGAGACAUCACUUUCGACGACGACGACUAUCGCAGCCCCCGUCGGAGGGACUCAAUCAGACUGUUCUCCACGUGAACCCCAGCAUCAGUUAUGUCAGGAUAUACUUGUUUGUGCGAGAGUUCGCAUUACAAGAUAUCCUCAAAUUUAUAUCACAUAAAGUGAACUCUUGUAGUAAUAAAGAGAACUGUCGUAUAAAUGCAUUCAAUCCCAGUGAUGAUGACUUGGAUGAUAUGGACAAUGAACUGUCCAUUAGUGAAGACAAUCCGUCGGAAACCAAUGAUAACAAUACCAACGACACGAAUGUGAGUCCAAUAAAUGUGAGAAAACAGACGCCAAACACAAUCGACUCCAUAACCAUCGAAGUCAACCAAAUCUGUUCAAUAGUUCUUCACGUCAGACCAAUUCAAGUCCUCCUCAAAGUGCAAAUACCGGUGAAAAGCCAACUGUUGCUGACGCGCAAACAUAUACUAUUAAUUCAGGUACCGGAGUUUUCAUGUGUAGAGAAAAUGUUAAGAAAAGUCCAAAUUGAAUGUUGCGAUGAGACAGAGCCCAGUGGAGUGAGGAGUAUAAGGGCCGUCACCCUCGACUCGCCCAUCCAUUGUGAGGCACCUAAGAAUGCGGUGUCAAACAUGUCGAGUGCAAUGCAAUGCAAUACCAAUUUAUACCAAUUUUUUAAGCCUAUGCCAAACCAUUUCUGA